AUGGAUUAUACGAAACAGAGAAGUUCGACCGACGACUUGUUAUUACCUUCCUCCACAGAGAGUGCAGAAACAACCGACACGUUACUCGAAAAGUCUACAUCUCCCUAUCGUGAAAAGGCACUGCCAUUUUGGCGGGAACAUGUUAAAAUUGUCAUAGUAACGGGCACGGCAUUUUUCUUCCUUUUCGCUUUCAUUGCAAUCCUAUUCGAGAGCAAUAGAAAAUUAGAGAAACAACUGCAAAGCAGCUUAGUUUACUCACCCGCGAAUGAGGCUUUGAAAUGGACCGUCGUUGAAUGGGUGCAUGACGACGGUGCCCAAGGAGAUUACGUGGGUGAGCCACGGCCUGUGCUUGAAAAGGCUUGGAGGGAUAUCUUCGAUAGUAUAUUCUCCCACCCCAGCGCCUGUUGGACUGUAUACCUACGGAGGAGUAACCCUAUCCAAGUUAUGAAUGUGAGGUUAUCGAAACAAGAUCUGGUGGCAGUUGGGCGCCUCAAGGAUGCCGUCGCUUUACCAGAUGGUUCCGGGUAUGCUGGAACGCUAAAUGUCUUUCACGAACUACACUGCGUUUGGUGGUUGUACAAAUAUGUCCAUAAGGAUCACUAUUUCGAGGGUGCCACGCCCCACGAACAAGCAAUUAUGAAACUCCAUUCUCAUCACUGCUUAAACUAUUUACGAAAAUCUGCAAUGUGCCAUAGCGACGUGGGUAUCAUCACCUACAACUGGAAGCAGGGCUCCCUAAAACCAAAGGCCACUGCGACGACCCACCAGUGUGCUGAUUGGAGCCGCAUCACCCAAUGGUCAAGCUCAAGGUCGUUCAAUAUGACGGUACCGGGCUACAUAGUAAAUCCUAGCCUAGGGCCUAUAAUCAAAGAAGGUCAAGAGGAGGGAUUGGCUGUGGGGAUACCGGAGCAUGAUGUCGAUGUAGAUGUUGAUGCCCUUAGUUAG